UUUAAGCCCCACCCCCACCCCGGGAGCGCCGGUCACGCCCUUCCGGGAUCGGGAUCGGGAUCGGGAUCGGGAUCGGGAUCGGGAUCGGGAUCGGGAUCCGGAUCGUUGCCGGGAAGCUCGGGCCCCGCGCCUGCGACCUGGAGCAUGAGCCGCAUCUACCAGGACGGCGCGCUCGCGAACAAGGCGGUGCGCUGUGAGCGGCUGCCCGGGGCCUGGGACCCCGCCGCGCACCAGGGGGGAAAUGGCGUCCUGGUAGAGGGAGAGCUUGCAGAUGUGUCUCGGCACAGCAUCGUGGAUGCCAAUGACAAGAAGGAGCGCUACUAUGUGCUGUAUAUACAGCCCAGCCGCAUCCACCGCCGAAGGUUCGACCCCAAGGGGAAGGAAACCGAGCCCAACUUCAGUGCCUCCAGGAAGGUGAACACGGGCUUCCUCAUGUCAUCCUACAAAGUGGAAGCCAAGGGGGACAGCGACCUGCUCACACCUGAGGCGCUGAAGGGGCUGGUGAAUAAGCCCGAGCUACUGCAGCUGACCGAGAGCCUCACGCCCGCCCAAACAGUGGCCUUCUGGAUACCUGAGGCAGAGAUGGAGGUGAUGGAGCUUGAGCUGGGGGCCCGGGUACGGCUGAAAACAUUAGGUGACAGCCCCUUCAUAGAUUCAUUAGCCAAACUGGAGGCUGGAACAGUGACCAAGUGUAAUUUUGCUGGUGACAGAAAGACAGGAGCAUCCUGGACAGACAACAUCAUGGCCCAAAAGUCUUCACAGGGAGCCAAAAUGGAGACUCGAGAGCAAGGAGAUGGAGCAGAGGAUGAGGAGUGGGACGAUUGACGUCGUGGGCUGUCAUGUGUGCCUCUGGGCUGCUGCCUCUUGUGUAGCCACCUUGAAAAUUUCCCCCACCAACUUUCACCCUGGAGCUAGACACAGCCUGCAGGAAAGUCUAACCACCCUGAAUCCCCAUUAACUGACCUCAGCUGACAUCAGAUCCAAGACCACAACACUGGCCAAGAGACCCUGGGCUCUGGCUUGUGGGGCAGGGGAGUCCUCUUUGGGCGCAAGUCUUAGCCUCCCUGGACAUUUUUACUGGGCCGUUGGAGAAGAACUGGGAUUGGUGCAGAUUCGGGGUAACCCUUAACUAAAUGCAGAGGGUUUCUUCUUGCCCCUCUCUCCUUCCCCACUCAGACCCUUCCUAGCCCUGUGUGGCACCGUCUGCUUUGUGCCUUGGCCUCUCCUCUUCCUUAUCUGCUGCCCAUGGUACCAGUUCUGCUGAGCCGUGUCCCCCUGGGGUCCUGUCUCUGCUCUCUCCGGCUAUUGCCCAGCUGGUCCCAGGUAGGUCUUUUCUGUCACCUCCAUUGUUGUUGUUUUAUACUUUGAGAACUUUUUAUGAAUGAUUACAUCUUCAGGAAAAAAUUCCUCCACAGAGACUGGGUGCUGGUCAGUGCUAACCAUUCCCCCCGGCUGAGAAUCGUAUUUGGCUUUGGCUGUGAAUGCUGCCUCGUUGGGGGGUGGGCCCACACCCCUGAUGCUCCUUGGAGGUUGAAAUCUGCACACCUUUGGCUUGUGGAUCCUGCCUGAUCUGGGGGCAAGGGAUGAUCACAAUGAACUAGUAAUGACUGAGUCCCCCUCAUGUGUCUAACACAGUGCCAGGUACUUUCCACAGGUAUUACAGACACUGACAACUGAGUUCUUCUGGGUGCUGUCGUCAUGCUAAGGACUUCAUUCACUGUCUUUACUUAAGCAUCACAACAAUCCUGUGGUUAUUACAUGGUUUUCCAUGUGAAUCUAAAGAUGCAGGCUCCACAGAAUUUAAGCCCACACGGAUUUCAAAGCCUGCAUUUUUUACUACUGUACCAUUCUGUUUCCAUGCACAUUACCAAGAGAAAAGGGCUCCGAGAGGCGAAACAGCCAGCAGGGUGAGAUUCAGAACCAGGACUCAAAUCCAGAGCUGUCAGAGGCACAGCUUCUGCGUCUCUGCUGUCCUCUGCUUUCUUUGUCCACCGAAAGGUCUCAGACAGAGGAGACAGAGGAUGUGGGGACCUGGCGACCUGGCGUCCUGUGUCUCAGUGGGGUGGCUUAUAGGCAGGUUAUGCUGGAACCUUGGCCUUGGGGUGGUGAGGGAGGCAGGUGACCAGGAGGGGACCUAGGGACUUUGGUGUAGAGGUGCUGAGAGUGGGCAUCCUGCUGUCCAAAUACUCAGGCCAAGGGGCAUGGUAAACUGAGGUGCAGGCCACCAUUCCAAACAGGGAAGCCCACUCAGGGCUGGGGGUGUGGCAUCCUGGGAUAAGGAGAAGGGCUUGGGGUUUUAGGCUUCAGGAAGGGAACAGACAUUCAGCUGGAGCGUGGAGGAGGGUGGGGAGUGUUUGAGAGGAGAUGACAAGUUGGGCUUGACACCUUCAGGCCUGGUUAGGCUUCAGGAAGCUAGCGGCCUGGUAGGGAGGGUAGUGUCUGACUGGCCUCUUUUAGAGCUCACUGGACACGAGAGAACAGGAGGCAGUGAGCUCACGGAGAAACCACUGCAGUUAUCCAGGGGAUUGGCGAUGGGAGGUGGGGAGAGAAAAAUAGGAGAGGGGAACCAGUCAACAACACUGUCCAGAUUUGGUGAAGGAAGGGGCCAAGGCUUGAAGGUUCUAGGCAACCAGCCCGUUUUCCAGAAGCCUGGUCUGGGGCAGAAGUGGAGGGAACAGCAGGGCUCCAUGCUAGCAGGUAGGGAAACUGAGGCAAAUCUUCUUCCCUAGGACAAGGACAGGAGAGCUGGACAGCUGCUGUGGCUCAGAGGUUGUGUGGGGACUUGGGACUCACCCUGGCACUGUAGACAGGAAUAAAAAAGCCCAUAAUUUUAUUCAUAAUUUUUGAUAUUCUGGCUUUUAAAUAUGCCUACACACAAAAUCAGAUAUUACUUCUCCAUUUCAUGUUAAUCACUUCAUACUGCUAUUGUCUUCAUGACCACCUUUCUGUGUGUGGUACUGGGGGUGGAACACACCGCCUUGUGCAGGCAAGACCAUCCUCUUAACACAGCCACGGUCUUUUGAUUCAGGGUCUUGCUAAAUUGCUUAGAACUUGGGAGCCCCCUACCUCAGCCUCUUGUGUAGCUGGGAUUUACAGGCAUCCCACCACCAUGAAUGAGCUCAUACCGGUUGUUUUUUUUAAAGGAUGUUUAUGAUUUUUGAUCUGUAUUCUCUCCCUUUUUUUUUUUUUUUGGUCUUUUUCUUUUUUAUCUGUACCAGGGAUUGAACUCACGACUGCCUGCAAGGCAGGCACUUAUGCCGCUGAGCUAAAUCCCCAGCCCCUCUCCCCCAUUUUUUAUUAGUACCUGUUUGCGGUACACGAUGCUCACACUCCCAGUGUGGAGUCAGUGCACAUACACGGCACAUCUUCAUUCCUUUUCCAUCCUCUGUCCUUUCCUCCCUUCUUCCCUCUCUUGUCCCUUUCUCCUUUGAGAAAAUCUACUUCCUUACUUCCUAUUAUCCAUCCAUCACUUUAAGGCUGAAUAGUUCUAUUGUGGUCCAAUGUUUGGGGAUUUAAAUUAGUAUAACUUUCAAAAAAUGCUGAGAAUGCUAUGAUCCCUUCAACCCGCUUGUCCUCAACCACACACUGUAUUUUUCCAUUAUUUAGGGAUAGAUUCUCAGGAGUCAGAUUACUGGAAUCCAGGAAUCUUGUACAAUUCUUGUUGGAAUAUGUACAUGUAACCACUCCCCAAGAUGAUUAUAAACUGCGUGAGCUGCAAAUGUACUAAUGAAAUUAAAAAUUAAAAAACAUUCUUGUAUUGCCAAAUAGCUUCCCCGAAGGGUUGUUUUAAGUUAUAAUUUUACCAGCACUGUAAGAGAGAACCAUUUUCAUGCCACUUUCUCCAGAAUUAGAUAAAUCAAAACAUUUUUUAAAAAUUAUAUUUUAUAAAGUGAAAGUACUUUAAUAUAUUUUAAUUUGCUUUCUCCCCAAUUUAGAGUGACUUUAAGCUUUUUUUAAUUUCCUGUUUCUAUUUCUCCUGUUGCUUCUUUGCAUGUUUAUCUACUGGGGGUCUUAUUUUUUUGGUUUUUCAGUUUAUCUUUUAAAUGUGACCAUUUGCCAUAUUUUAACAACUAUUUUUUCAUUAAAAGGUUUUUUUUUUACAAAAUUAAAAUCGUAGUAUAGAUACAGCUGUUGACGUGAUUUUUUUAUUGCCUCCAAGAUAAUACUCAUUUUCUUCAGAUAUUCAAUCUCAUUUUCUUCUUUUGUUAGUAUUUGAUGUUAUACUUCUUUAUUCUACUAGCUCUUUAAUGUAUGGCAAGGUAUCGAGUGAGAUAAGAACUGCUUAUUUUCAAAUUGUUAACCAGUUAUCUUGACAGUAUUUACCUGAUUGCUUCCCAGUGUAAAAUUAUGUCUCUUACAUCACAUAUUAAAAUUAUUUUGACAAAAGUAUUAUAUUUGUUAUGUCUCCCUUUAGUUACAAUUCAAACUAUCAAAAUGAAUAAAAAAUAAAACAAUUUAAACAAAUAAAAAUCGUAGAUUUUA